CUAAACCUGAAAUCAAACUAGAAAAGAUCAGAGAGAGGGUGAGAGGCACCUUGUAAUUGACUUGAACCAAUUCUGAUUCUCUCUUGCAUACUAUCAAAUGGCAGCUACUGCAGCAAUCACCACUCUCCCCCAGUUCAGUGGGUUAAGACCCAAAGUUUCUACUGCUCCAGUUAGGAGCCUGGCAGCAGUUCAACCAAUGAGGCGCAAGGGGAAGGGUGCUCUCGGUGCUCGAUGUGAUUUCAUCGGAUCCCCCACAAAUUUGAUAAUGGUGACUACAACAACCCUGAUGCUGUUUGCUGGGAGGUUUGGGUUGGCUCCAUCAGCAAACAGAAAGGCCACCGCUGGAUUGAAGCUUGAAGUAAGGGACUCAGGCUUGCAGACUGGUGACCCUGCUGGUUUUACACUUGCUGACACUUUGGCUUGUGGUGUUGUUGGCCAUAUUUUUGGUGUUGGGAUCGUUCUUGGUCUCAAGAACAUUGGUGCUCUGUGAUGUAAAAUGUAACUGAGUACUCUUCUUUUGCUGCAAAUUAUGCUUAAAAUUUGUAACAAUUUACUUAUUCCGAAAACGACACUGGCCUCUGUCUUUCAAUAUAAAAGCCACUUGCUAGUUAAACAAA